AAUAGUUGGCAUAUUUUGUUUUUGUUUAUAAAAUGUAAUUGAGAAUUAACCAAGGAUGUUGAUACCUCAACCACAUCAAAAUCAAACCAUAGAAUCCAUUUUAUUACAAACAUCAAUCAUAUUCAACACUUCCGUUACAACAGUACGGAAAAAUACAAUACCCGUUUAUCCAAACAAAACAAAACCGUAGCGUAACAACGUUGCUUUCUUUGCUACUUGAAAUGCCACAGAAACAAGAAGAACCAACAUAAAAUAAAAUAAACACUAUUUUCCACUCUCUUUCUUUCUCUCCUUUUUCUCUCUUUCAUAACUUCACAACAACACAACACUCUCUAAAAAACUUAAAAUCAAAUCAAAUCAAACCAAACCGGUUCGGUUCAGUUCAGUUCGGUUCAAUUGGAUCAUGGAGCAAACCACACUCGAAUCCAUUCAAUUCAACGAAGAAAUUCAAGGAAUCAUGGCUCCGGCAUCGGAAACCGCGAACUCUUUCACUGCACUUCUCGAACUACCUCCGACGCAGGUCGUUGAGCUUCUUCACUCACCGGAGAUUACCGGAAAACCUCCGAAACCCUAUCCUCUAACUUGCGACACCGGUAAUUUGACUUUCCCUUCCAACACCACCGCAAGAUUCUCCGUACUCGCCGGAGAGAAUAAGAACUCGCCGGAGGUGAAGGAUGAGGUACCGGAGACUGAAGGAGGUGGUUGUGUCUCUGAUCCAACAAUCGAGAACAAGAAAUCCAAAGGUGCGAAGAGGAAAGAGCGAGAGAAGAAGGUUAAAGUGUCGUCUAAGAAAAUCAAAAGUAUCGGCGAUGAGAAUUCCGGCAACGGCGGCGAUGAACUUCCGUACGUUCACGUUCGAGUUCGUCGAGGUCAAGCUACAGAUAGCCAUAGCUUAGCAGAAAGGGCUAGGAGAGAGAAGAUAAAUGCUCGAAUGAAACUGUUGCAAGAGUUGGUCCCCGGUUGCAACAAGAUAUCAGGAACAGCAUUGGUUUUGGAUAAAAUCAUCAACCAUGUGCAAUCUCUUCAGCAUGAAGUGGAGAUUUUAUCAAUGAAACUAGCAGCAGUUAACCCAAUAAUUGAUUCCAACCUUGAAAGCAUAUUGGCUACAGAAGGUUUGUCUCUCAUGGACAGUAACUUCCCUGCCACAGUUGCACCCGUCGUGUGGCCGGAAACCCCACACAAUGGAAACAGACAGCAAUUUCAGAUACCGUGGCAAUCUGAUGCAUUCCACCAACCACUUUGGGGGAGGGGAGAAAACAACCCUAAUUUCAUGACCCCAGAAAACUCACUUUUGAGUUACGACUCAUCGGCAAAUUCAGUUUCUCUGCACUCAAAUCAGAUGAAGAUGGAGCAAUGAACCAGUACAGAAGCAGUGGUACUAGUUGCAAUUAGUCUAGUAGUGUAUAUAACAAAUAUAGUUGUAGAAAUUAGCCUUGAUUUGAGCAGGCCCAACAUUCAGCAGGACUUCGUUGUUGAUUGUCCUCUGUUUGUCUGAGUAAGUUGGAAAACCUGCAUUUUAUUCAGCCAGCAGGCUAGCAAGGAAGAAGAAUUCGUAUGCUAUUUUUAUAUGAUAUAUUAAUUAAUAUCAUUAUGUAUACUAACUACAGGGGUCAUUCAGUCUUAGGCGAUUGAUGAUUCAGAUUGUAAAAUCAUUGAACAGACUGUUAGUUACUGUAUUUAUCAUCGAAGUUUGUUGCUUUGUUUGUACU